CGACGAACAACAACAAGCAAAACGUCUAUAAAAAUUUUUGACAAAAGAUUUCAUUUCUACUUACUACUACCUGAAUAGAAUUUUUUCGGGGUCAGUGAAAUGAUUUUGUUUUUGGUAAAAAGGGACAGUUUCUUAACGAGAAAGGCCUCUUCUUAUGGGCAACAAGGGUUCCUCAACUAAGGAUCGAACGAGCGCCGUUUACACCAGUCACAGUUUACAAAAGAAAAGCAACUCGGAACACAACAGUUUAAAGAGCUUUCUGAGCGUCGAUAGUCAAGAAUCUACUUGUAGUACUGUAUCCAGGCCCUGGUCAAGGGUUUCUCGAAGAAGGCGGCAAGAAUCGACUUUGACUCUUCCUUAUGAACCCUGUAAGACGGCGUGGCCGGUCUCGCAGUUAGAAUCCUUGUUUUUGCCAGAUUUCCCGGUCAAAAAUUACCACAAGGACGAUAAGUACCAGAAAUUGCCCCAAAUCAGUAGCGGAGCCUUCGGGAAGAUUUAUCAAGUAAAAGAUACGGAGGAGAACAAGAUAUUUGCUUUAAAAGUUCUCUCCAAAUCUAAAAUAAUUGAAAAUAACUUGGUGAAGCAAGUGAUCGAGGAGGUGCAGAUCCAAAAGGCUUGCGGCCACCACCCUUACAUCACAAAGUGUCUUUUAAACUGGCAAAGCCGUAAACAUUUGUAUAUCGCUACGGAAUUCGUGGAGGGCGGCGAACUGUGGUACUUGCUCGACAAUCUCGGUCCCUUGCCAGUGGAACUUGUACAGUUGUAUGUUUGCCAGAUAGCCCUGGCAUUAGAUUUCCUACACAACGCCGGAGUGAUCUAUCGCGACCUGAAGCCGGAAAACCUGCUGCUAAACAAGGACGCCAACAUCAAACUGAUUGACUUCGGAUUGUCCAAGUGGCUACCGUACGGUCACACCACCAGAACCGUCUGCGGCACACCCAAGUACAUGGGUAUGACCUUUAUUUAACAAUUUAAGAACAUUUCAACGCUGAAUCUUACUUCUACUACUACU